AUGGAUGGGAAGAGUGCACCGGGGCCGGAUGGAUAUACGGGUAAGUUCUUUACGGUUGCAUGGUCAGUUGUCGGUGCGGAUGUGGUUAGCACUGUGUGUAGUUUUUUCUGCGGGGCUGAGUUGCUUCGGACUAUUACAGCGACCUCCAUUGCACUCAUUCCUAAGGUUGGGCACCCACAGGAUUUUUCUCAAUUCCGCCCGAUUAGCUUGUGUAACUUUGUUAACAAGUUAAUUUCGCGAAUUUUGGCGGAUCGCUUGGCCCGAGUCCUUCCGAGGAUCAUUUCCCCACAGCAGAGUGGCUUUGUUCGGGGUCGGCUUAUAUCGGAUAAUUUCUUGCUUGCACAAGAGUUGCUCUCUAAUAUGGGGAGGACCUCCAGAAAUGCCGAUGUAGCUCUGAAAUUAGAUAUGUCAAAGGCUUAUGACCGUGUUUCCUGGAUUUUUUUGACAAUGGUUUUGAGGAGAUUUGGUUUUAGGGAGCAAUGGAUUGAUAGGAUUUGGAGAUUGGUCUCGAAUUUAGUGGAGCAUCGGGAGUUCAAGUGCUUUUCAGUUCCGCGGGGUUGUCCUAAGAUCACUCAUCUCAGUUAUGCAGAUGAUGUCCUGAUUUUUUCAGGUGCUUCAUCCUCUUCGCUGAGAUGUGUUAUGCAGAUUAUUGAGAACUAUGGAGCAGUUUCGGGGCAGGAGAUUAAUGUUCAGAAGUGCGGGUUCAUGGUGCAUGCUAAAUUGCCUAGUCACUGUGUGGCAAGGGUUCGACGGGUAACUGGGUUUGGUCUUAAGUCGUUUCCCGUGCGUUACUUGGGUUGUCCGCUUUUUGUGGGACGCCGGAAGUGCCUAUAUUUCAUGGAGCUGGUACAGUCAGUUAUUUCUAAAGUUUCAUCAUGGAGGUCCAGCUUUCUAUCCCAUGGGGGUCGGAUUGUACUCAUCAAACACGUGCUUUCAGCAAUCCCAACUCAUUUAUUGGCAGCUUCAUGUCCUCCGAAGGGAGUUCUAGCCUUAGUUGAACGGGCUAUGGCAAAUUUUCUCUGGGGGGAGCGGGAAGGUGGCCUCCGACAUCAUUGGAUUAAGUGGGCAGACCUGUGUGCCGACUCGUCACAGGGCGGGGUUGGUGUUCGAUCGCUACUGGAUGUUCGUACAGCAUUCUCGCUCAAAUUGUGGUGGCGUUUCCGUACGGGAGAGUGUUUAUGGGCGACAUUUAUGAGAGCCAAGUAUUGUCGGCAGAGUCAUCCAUGCAUGGUAGCGGCGGUUCAGGGCAGUUCAUAUAUGUGGAGGCGUUUGCUUCAAAUUGGUGAGGUGGCGGAGCAAAACCUUUGGUGGGAGGUGCGGUCGGGACAGUUCUCAGAGAUAGUUACUAAAGUUGCCCCAGUGGGGUCCACAGACGAUCGUGCGGUGUGGGCCUUGACAGAGUCAGAAGAUUUUUCCAUCGCUUCCACAUACGUGCUGCUUGGUAGUCAGACCCCCUCAUCUUUCAUGUUUGAUAGGGUUUGGCACCCUGUAAUUCCAAUCAAGAUUUCAUUCUUCAUGAUAAGACUGCUGCGGGAUCGGUUACCGUUGGCGUCAUCCCUAGGAAGAUUGCAAGUGUAUGGCCCUUCCAAGUGUUUUUGCUGCUUGGCCUCGCAAUCUGAAUCGUUGGAUCAUGUCUUUGCGGAAGGUGAGUUAGCUCAGUUCUUGUGGACCUUUUCUGGGAAUGGCGCUGGAGUGAGUUAUAGAGGGCAGCUCCUGCGUCGACAGACCAUUUGUGAUCGUAUCUUGGCGGAUGUGGUAGGGCUAUUUUCCAGGAAGUUUGCAGCCCAGGGAGACUUCAAGUUAAAUACGGAUGGGUGCUCGCUUGGCAACCCGGGCGUUAGUGGCGGGGGUGGUGUUCUUAGGGAUUCGUCUGGUGCUUUUUUGUUUGGCUUUUCUGUUCCGUUUGGGGAACUGACAUGUCUGCAAGCGGAGAUAAAGGCUUUGGUGGUUGGGGUGCAACAAUGCCGUCUUCGGGGAUUCUCGCGGAUUCGGGUGGAGGUGGAUUCUCUUGUGUUAGUCAACCUACUGUUACGACGAUUCAGGUGUCCGUGGUUAGUUCGGUCGGAUCUGGAAACGUUACUGGCAAUCCAAGGUUUGGAGUGGACGGUGGGGCAUUGUUAUCGGGAAAUGAAUCAAGUGGCGGAUGCCUUAGCCAAGGUUGGGGCACAAUCUGAGGGUAUUAUCUUGUACACGACACAGUCUGAGUUGCCAAGGUUGGCAAGGGGGGCCUUAGGUUUAGAUAGGUCGCAGAUUCUUGCGAAUCGUACUCGAGCUAUUUCUCACUGA